CUUUCAUCUUAAAAAAUCAGAAUCAAAAUAAAAUAAGAAAAUAAAAAUAAAAAGAGAAGAGGAAGAAACGUAUAGAAAAAGCUUCUCCGAAAAUCUGGCAAAUAGAGACCAAGAGAGAUUCAUGUUCGUCAAGUUUCUGAUCCUCUUUUCACUUCCUUUCUCUUUCAGGUGAUUUCUCUUGACGAUAAAGCUGCGAUUUCGCUGGUGUCGUUUUGCUCUAAGAUGGCGUCGUUUUCAGGAAUAUAAUAGCUAGGGUCUGGGAAUCAGGGUUGAAGUUCUUCAGCAUUGAAUCUGAAUCUUUGGUUAGAUAGGUUGGUUUGUUUGGAACUCAAUUCAAUUCAAUUGGUCCUCCCUUUUGUGGAAACUCAAUUCAAUUUGGUUUGUGAAAAUUGAAAAAUGGUUGAGUCAAUUGCUGCAACUUCACUACUUGGCCACCGUCCAGUUUGUGGUGGAAAUUUCACCAGGGAUGUGUCUGGUAAACGCAAAUCUUUGAAUACCGUUCGGUUCCCGACAUCUGAGUUUCUCGGUGGUAGGAGGAUUGUGGUUUCUUUGGCUUUGCCUAAAUCUAUUAAACAAGAUAGAUUCAUGUUUUCUUCAAUUAAGGCCUUGGCUGUGGAAUUAACAAGAGAAGCACAUGCUUAUAGGGAAGAGAAGUUGCCCAAGAGGGAUAACAAGAUUGAUGGUGGAUUUGAUCCAAGGCCUGAUUCGUGGCCUCCCACAAAUAGAGCAGAUAACCCGUCGCUUCGGAAUCCCUUGCUCCGGCAAGAGAGGAUGGGAUGUGGUUGGUUGGGUGCUAUAUUUGAGUGGGAGGGAGUUCUUGUUGAAGACAACCCUGAUCUAGAGAAGCAAGCUUGGCUCGUACUGUCUCAGGAAGAAGGCAAACCCUCUCCUCCUGCAUUUAUCCUCAAGAGAAUAGAGGGCAUGAAGAACGAACAGGCGAUUUCAGAAGUGCUGUGUUGGUCAAGGGAUCCGGCACAGUUAAGAAGGAUGGCUAAUAGAAGGGAAGAAAUCUACCAAGCUUUGCAGGGUGGGAUAUAUAGUCUCAUGUCAGGGUCCAAGGAAUUUGUGAGUGUUUUGAUGCAUUAUAAGAUACCAAUGGCAUUGGUUUCCACGCGUCCUAGAAAGGCUCUCGAAUCUGCUAUAGGGGAAAUUGGUAUCGGGGAUACUUUCAGUGUUAUUGUAGCAGCAGAGGAUGUUCACAGGGGAAAGCCUGAUCCAGAAAUGUUUGUGUAUGCUGCACAGCUUUUAAACUUCAUACCUGAGAGGUGCAUUGUGUUUGGAAACUCCAAUUCAACAGUGGAGGCUGCACAUGAUGCACGGAUGAAGUGUGUGGCUGUUGCUAGUAAGCAUCCUGUCUAUGAGCUUGGAGCUGCAGACUUGGUUGUCAGGCGCCUAGAUGAGCUUUCAGUGGUUGAUUUGAAGAAUCUUGCAGACAUUGAAUUGACUGAAUUUGGGUCUGUGGAGCCCGAGUUGGAGAUGGAGAUGGAAGAAGAUUAUGACACAUCAUCAGUUGAUGACAAUUUCUGGUAAAUCCUAUAAAUGUACAGUUGAUUGAAGUUCAUCCGAUUGUUGAUGAUAUUAGUUACAGGUAGAUUACUUGUGUAUAUGGUAACAUAAUAAAUGGGGGGAAAUGAUAAGUGGUCUGAUUGAACAUUGAUGUUAUUACUAAUGCAUUUUCUGUUCAUAUACAUUCAUGGGAUUUUAAGAUUUGAUUUACCGGUGAUUCCAUCCAAUAGAUAGAAUACAAAUUACCUAGUCAAGUUUAGGUAAGUUCUACUUUUGGUCCAUGUGACAUUAUUCCCUAACCCUAACUCGGGAAAAUAUGAAACCUUCAAAUAAGUUUUUUUUUUUUUUU